AUGUCGACAGGACAAGUAACGGCGUCGCCACGCGCCCCUCGGGGCAAGAACCAGCAGGUGCAGGGCGCACCUGCGCAUGCGCCGCAGAGCAACAAUGGCCGUCAAGGGCAGCGACGGCCCAAAGGCGGUCGCAAUAAUCAGAACCAGCAGAACCAAGCAGGCGCGUCUCCCAGCAGACACCCACAACACGCAAACCCCGCUCUGGCUGAGAGCGCCGUCUUCCCAAGCGAAGAGGCGCAGUCCGCGAAUGGACCGCGCCACAACAAGAAGCACACGCGCGCUCAACCUUCUGGCGAUCGCGUUUUCUCGCCGCCCGGUGCUAUGGCCUCCUUGACCGACAGCGAAGGCGCUCCUCCAAUUCCAAUUUCUGCGACUCCAGCCAAGAACCAGGGCGCAUAUGCCGGCCCAACUUUCCAUGCUUCUCCUGCGCCCUCUGCUCUUCCCAUUCCCAAGUUCUUGUCUCGAUCUGUCCCAGCCAAGUCUCGCAUGGAUCCGCCUACUCCACCGCCCGAGGACAGUUCUGACUCCACAGGUUCGCCCAACUCUUUUGCUGGAUCUCCUUCACGUGCACCCAUUCCCGUUCCUGCUCGCAACGAAAUGUCUCCCUUAGAUCUGCUGUUCAAGGCCGACCGCGCGGAGCGAGCCAAACAUGUCGGCGGUAGUCCUGCGUCUCCUCAAUAUUUCAAUUCUGCAAACCCGGUUCGGCCGCAUCACUACAAACAGGACUCUUACGGCUCGCUUAAUGCCCCGUUCCCCAUUGAGCUCGACGGUGAGAGCAGGAACUCGCACAUGUCUCCACCUCCAACAGCCUCUCCCAUGGCAGUGCGAUCUUCGACCGAUCCUAAUAAAAUUCCGCAACUCAAGGACGCCCAGCAGCAACCAAAUAAAAACGAAGUCAUGCAAGACCUCCUCACCCGGCUAUCCAUGUCGCAGAAGAAGCCGACUGCUGCAACUCCCCCGCGACCGGAUACGCAAACACGUAAUGAAACCCCCUCGCCUUUGCACGACAGUCAAUCCGCCGUCCAGAACGCCUCUGGGCCUACUACGCCUGCUCAAGCACCCCAGGAACCAUCUGACUAUCAUUACGGGAAUAGGAACCUUUCUCCUUUGUUCAAGGCUGCGAAGGGCGAGCCCUCCAAACGUAAUUCUGGCCUCCGCACGGAAAUUACCGCAGACUCUCCAUUGGUCGCGCAGGGCAUGUUUCAGGAUUUUCCCUUCUGUAUCUUCUCCCCCGGCAAUGGACCCCAACACGUCCGCGGCGCGGAUCUCCGAAGACAGCCAAAUCAGCAUCGACCCGAUGCCUUCUCUCCGAAGCCCGGCGGUGGUGCACCAGGUGCCAAAGCAACCAAAUCAGGCUUUAAUGGUACUCCCGUCUCUGUCCAAAAGCCUGCUACUUCGAUGAUGUCUUUUGUUCCGGCUUCGGUUUCUGCCAAGCCAAAGCAGCUUUCGUCUUCUGCUCCCUCCACCGCGGCUGGCCCACCUCCGAUGAAGACCUCAACUCCUCCUAAUACGUUGGCUUUGGAGCAGGAUCUCAAGCGCAUGCUUAAUUUGAAAAUGAGCGAUGAUGCGUCCGGCGUUCGAUAG